UGUUGUUUUGGUUUGUUGUUGUUGAUCAUCAUAUUUCGUGGUGAAUUUAUUAUCAUCAUCAUUUUUUUUCGAUGCUCAUUAUUAUUAUCCGGUGAAUUUACAAUGUCAUCACCAAAAGUAACGGGAAUUUCACCGAAAGAAGGACCACCACGUACAAAACUAACAAUACGUGGUGAAAAUUUAGGCUGUAAUCAAUCGGAUUUAUUGAGUGUCAAGAUUUGUGGCAUUGAAUGUCUGAUCUAUUCGGAAUGGAUUACACCACAAAAAAUCAUUACGAAAUCACCAAAUUGUAUGGAAACCGGACCGGUUAUUAUAACAACCGAAUCAGGCGGUACUGGUACAUCAAUGAUUCAAUUCAAAGCAUUGGAACAAUCAAUCGGUUUAACAACGCCCAGUGGUGUUUGGAUUGAUGAACAAAAUAUUUUUCCAUUUGAUUCAUCAACAACUGCAUUGGUUAUACCAAAUAAUGAUGGUAGUAGUCAUACAAAAUCGAUGCCUAUGCUUAAACAACAACAAAACGAUAUACUUUCCGAAUCAUUUAAUCCAUCAAUGUAUUUGGUUGAAAAUCAUAAAAAUUCAUCAUUUGAACAAUUAAAAAAAGAAUAUCGAAUUCAAUUUGAAAAAAAUCAAUCCGAACCAAAAAAUACAUUAGAUUCAAAUACCUUUUUAAAGGCAAAUAUUGUAUCGAUUAUGGAUUGUUUGAAUGCAUUGAAUGCCCUAUAUUUAUCAUUCAAAAAAGAUCGUCAAGAAUUUGGUUCGGAUUUAACCGUAAAAAUUGAUGAAUAUAUUAAAAGUGCUAAUGAAGAAGCCCAUGCUAUAUUCGACAAUAUUAUCAGUCGUAAAGAUGAUGCUGAUUCAAUGCGUAAUGCAUUAAAUGUUCUACAACGUUAUCGUUUUCUAUUCAAUCUGCCAUCAAAUAUUGAUAAAAGUAUGCAACGUAAAGAUUAUGAUGUUGUUAUUAAUGAUUUUUUUCGUGCAAAAAAUCUAUUCAGUGAUAGUUCGGUUAAUGUAUUUCGUAAAGUAUUCCUGGAAGUUGAACAACGUAUUCAAAGUUUUAUAUUAACACUUCGUGAACUGUUUAAACAAUGUGCCAAUAAUCUUGAAGAUAAUAAUAUUGAUGAACUAAAAAAAUUGAUAAAAUAUUUAUCAUUAUUAGAAGAAAAUAGUGAUCCAGCAUGGGAUGCUAUUCUAUUGAUUAAACAAUCAUUAUUCGAUAAAAUUAAUCAAUGUCGACAGCAAUAUUUAUCAUCUUCGGAGGUAACCAAUGAUUCAAAAACAUCGUCGCCAUCCACCAAUAAUCAAGAUAAUCCAGACCAGGAUAAUAAUCCACAAAAACCGCCACAAGUUUUAUUCAUUGAUAAGACAUCCAAAUUAUUUGAUCGUUUAUUUAUGGAUUUAUUCCGGCUGGGCUGUGCUUAUCUGAAUGGUGAUUUAUAUAAUAAAAAUUCAAUAGAAGAUUUAAAAAGAAAACGUGAAAUAUUUGAAAAAGAUUUACUUACACAAUCAAUCAAAUUAUUAUGUAAUGAAUAUCGUAAUGUUUUAUUACCUGAAGCAAAUAAUUUUAAUUAUCAUACAACAUCGACAAAUCCAACAUUAAAAGAUCAUAUGGAUCAAGAUUUUGUUCUUUGGUUACCAUAUUGUUUACGUACAGCGGUACAAUGUUAUUCAAAUCUUUUAAAAUUAGAUUUCAAUCUAAUUCAUAUACAAAAUUCCGGUCUGUUGAAACCAAUACAAACAUUUAUAUUUGAUCUUCGUCUUUAUACACUGACUUGUUUGUUUACUCAUAAAUCAAAUGAUGUUAAAAAUCUUUAUAAAAAAGAAGUUUGGAAUAUACAAUUCGAUGAUAUUUAUGGUGUUCGUACAAAUCUUCCAUUACAAUUUGAAACAAAAGUUAUUGAAAUUUUACAGCUGAUUCGUGAUUCAGUCAUUCAGAUUCGUACGGCCGAUGAAAUGGAUAUUUUCACACAGAUUAAUGUUAAAGGAUUAAUUAAACAAUUGAUACAGAAUUUAAUAAAUUCCUUUCUGUAUGCAUUGGAAAGAUCAGCUGCAAAUCCAUUGUCGGAACAAAAUCGUAAUAUAACCGAUGAUAAUCGCUCAUUGAUUGUUCUUUGUAAUUGUUCAUAUACUGCCAGCUAUGUAUUACCAAAAUUAUAUGAAAUAUUUGAAAAAUAUGGUUAUCCAGAUAUGACACAAGUGAUUCAAUUGACACAGAAAAAAUUCAAAGAUUUGGAGAAUAAAUUAUUAGAUUCGUUUAUCGAACGUAAACGUGAUGAUGUUAUCGGUGGUAUUGAAACAUCGAUGAGAUUUUUCGAUGAAAAUUGGUUCCAGGAAAAAGAAAUGCCCAAAGAUGUUAGCUAUUAUAUUAAAGAAACAAUAUUGAAUUUGAUUUAUGUUCAAUCGGAAAUUUAUAAAAUAACACCACAAUUAGUUUAUAAAACAAUGUUGGAAAUAUUAAUGGCAACUAUUAUUGAAAUUGAACGAUUAUGCACAAGUUAUAGUAAACAAUUAAGCGAUGCUGCUCGGAUACAAAUGUUGGUCGAUAUUAAUGCUAUUGAAUUGGUUUUUCGUAAAACUGGACAAGAAUUUCAUCAACAAUUACAACCACGAAUUGAUAAUUGUCGUGAUUUAGUUUGUCAAAUAUCCGAUAUACAAGAUCAAACUAUUCGAAAACUUAUCGAUGAUGUAACGAAUCGUUUUUGUCAAUCAAUGCGAUUACAAAUUAGUUGUUUUAAUUUUAAUCUGGAUAAUGGUAAUAUUAUUAAUUUGAUGAAUUGAAUAAUGAUUUUAAACU